CCACAUGCCAAGAUGAAAUUUACAAAAAGUAAGGAAAAGGAACCCACUGCUCCUGGGCAAGUGGCCAUUAAGAAGCGAUCUAAAGUCCCAGGAGUAAUGAUCACACAGUUUGUGGAGAACAUCCCAGCAGGAAAAAGCCAUCCCGACUUCUCUCGCAAACCCAUCGCCUUGACUAUUCAGGAAGGAAAGCUUGCAGUUUUCAAAGCCAUCAUCACUGGAGAUCCAACACCAAAUGUAACAUGGGCUCGAAACAAUGGAGAUGUAUCUGACCCUGAAAGAUAUGUUGCUUCAUAUGAUCCAGUCGUAGGAGAACAUCAAUUACAGAUGGCCAAUGUUGGAGUUGAUCAAGCAGACACAUACAAAUGUUAUGCAAGUAAUGAAUACGGACGUGCUAUAGUCACGGUCACACUUAACGUGAUUGAAGUUGGGUUCAAGAAGAGCAAAGCAAUGCAGGAGGCACGAUUAGAGCAACGAGAGAAAGCAGCAGCCGAUUUAAAAAAGACCCUGAGGACCCGAGUCGAACAAAAGGAGGAGAGGAAAGAUGGAGAAGUUGAUGAGAAAUUUUGGGAACUGUUGCUGAGCGCUGAUAAGAAGGACUACGAGCGCAUCUGCGCUGAAUACAGGGUGACUGACUUCCGCUGGAUGUUGAAGAAACUGAACGAGAAGAAAAAGGAAAUAGAGGAGCAGCAAUCGCAGUACAUUGAACACCUGAGCAACCUGAGACAUAUUGAAAUCAAGAUGCCUGGAUGUGCCGAAUUUGAAUUUGAGAUGGAUCUUAAAGAUCAAAAUGCCAGAAUCUUCCUCUUCAAGGAUGGUGUUAUGGUUCCAUUUAACACUAAUACAGAUGAGAAGCAUUCUCUGCGUCAAGUCGGCAGGAAAUUCAUCUUUAGCGUACAUGGUCUGAAUGCAGAAGAUGCUGGAUUGUAUCAAGUCGAUAUUGAGGGGGUCAAUGUCUUCUCCACUGACUUUAAAAUUCCAGCGGUAGACUUCUUGGUAGAGAUUCAGGAAGUGAAGGCUGUGGAAAGAGAGGAUGCCGUGUUUGAGUGUGUCUUAUCUGCUCCGCUCUCUAAGAUCUCUUGGCUAGGCAAGAACAUCCCCCUGGAACCAGGUGAAAAGUAUGACAUCUCUGUCUCUGACGACAUGCUAAUCCAUAGACUGGUGGUGAAGGACUGUAUGCAAGUGGAUAAAGGCAUCUAUGCAGCUGUGGCUGGAAUGAAGUCCUGUAAUACCUGGCUGAUAGUGGAGGCUGACCCAGAUCCGAACCAGAGGGGCAAGAAGGCAGCACGCAAAACCACUCAAGCAGGAGGUGGAGGCGCAGAUCUGAUCAAGAUCGUGGCAGAACAGCAGGAGAAGCUGCAGAAGGAGCACGAGGAGAGGAUGGAGCAGCUGAAACAGAUUCAGGCUGAAGAGGCCGCUGCCAAAGAGGAAGAGAAACCAGCUGAGGAAAUAACUGCUGCGCCAGAACCAAAGGCUAAACCUAAACCCAAACCCAAGCCCAAGCCCAAGCCUAAACCAGAACCCAAGACAGACUCUGAAGCCAUAGCAGAAGAGCCAGAGGUGGAGGAGGAACAACCAGAAUCAGAGGAAGCUGCUCCACCACCACCAGAGGAAGAGGCACCCAGUGAGGAGCCAAGGAAGAGAGUGAGGACUGGGCCCUUAGUCCCAGACACCAUUAUCGAUACGGGAGUUCACUUCACCUGUGGACUGUCAGAUGUUCAUGCCAUCAUAGGCCAGUCAGCUGAAAUGGUGUGCAAACUCAGCAGUGAGAAGUGUGAUGGCAUUUGGUAUAAGGAUGGAAAAGAGAUAACAUCCACAGAUGAUCUGACGAUCGUCAAAGACGGAGCAGUCCAUAAAAUAAUUGUAUCAAACUGCACAGAGGAGGAUGGUGGAAAGUACCGCUUUGAGGCAGAUGGACGUAAAACUGAGGCGAUGUUGAUCGUGGAAGACCCACCAAGGAUGAAUCAAGAUGACUUGGCUAAGUUCUCAGAGCCUGUGAUAAUCAAGGUUGGCCAAAAAGCAACCUUCAAAAUGGACUUUGUAGGUCGUGAGCCAAUAAAAGUACAAUGGUACAAUGAGGGUGAGGAGAUGCUUGAGGAUAAUCACAUCAAGAUUGAGAAGUCAGACAGUCACAGUCGCCUUCUACUUGUGAAAUGUCAACGCAAAGACAGUGGAGAAAUAAAGCUGAAGCUCAAAAACAAGUUUGGAACCAUUGAGGCCCUAUCAAGACUCAUCGUUCUAGAUAAACCCACCAACCCAAUGGGACCUGUUGAAGUAUUAGAAGCCUCAGCAUCCUGUGUGGAGUUCAAGUGGAGGCCCCCAAAGGACGAUGGCGGUUCUCCUAUAAAAAACUACUACAUUGAGCGUAACCAAAUUGGACGCAACACCUGGACGAAGAUUGGAAAUAUCCGCGGUGAGCCCCAUUAUAAGGACACUGACAUGGACCAUGGGAGGAGGUACUGCUAUCGCAUCAGGGCCGUGACUGCAGAGGGCACCAGUGGCAUUUUUGAGACAAAUGACAUCCAGGCUGGCACCAAAGCAUAUCCUGGACCACCAUCUACACCCAAAGUGGUCAGUGCUUUCAAGAACUGCAUCACUUUGGCAUGGUCACCUCCCACCAACACCGGUGGAACCAACAUCGUUGGCUACAAUAUGGAGAAACGCAAACGGGGCAGCAACUUAUGGGGUCAAGCGAACCCCCCUGAUGAGCCAAUCAAAGGCAAACAGUAUGAUGUGAAAGAUGUGGUUGAAGGAAUGGAAUAUGAAUUCCGUGUGUCAGCCAUCAACUUCUCUGGUACUGGAGAACCAAGCACACCCUCUGAAUUUGUGAUAGCCAGAGAUCCAAAAAAACCCCCUGGUAAAGUCAUUGACCUGAAAGUCACAGAUUCCACCUAUACCUCUUUGUCUUUGAGUUGGACUAAACCAAAGGAGGAGGAAGGUGUCCAGGAUGAAGCUAAAGGUUAUUUUGUGGAAUUAAGGCCAGCUGAGAACACAGAAUGGGGUCGCUGCAACUCCAACCCACUCAUUUCAACAUCCUAUACAAUUCUUGGCCUCAAGUCUAUGGCUAUGUACUGGGUCCGAGUGGUUGCAAGCAAUGAAGGAGGUGAUGGGGAACCCCGAGAUCUGGACAACUACAUCAUUGCCAUGCCUCCACCUGUAAGGCCAAAUUUCACCAAUCGCAAAAUGAAGAGCUUUAUGGUCAUGAGAGCUGAAAAUUCUGCUCGGGUCAACAUAAACUUUGAGGCUUCCCCAAUGCCAACUAUAAUCUGGCUGAAAGAUGGAAUACCUGUGUCGAAACGUGUGACCAUGAGCAAUACAGAUGGGAUGUCCCAGCUCCUGAUUCCCAGUGCUGAGCGUUCUGACAGUGGGAUCUACACCAUCAUUGUCAAGAACAUAGUGGGUCAGGAGACCUUCAGUGUUGAGAUCAGAGUGACGGAUGAUCCAAAGCCACCUGGCCCAGUGGAGCUGGAAGAAAAUGUCCCUGGCACCUUGACAGUUUCUUGGGAACCUUCUCCUGAUGAGAAACGAGACAAUCACUUGCACUAUAUGGUGAUGAAACGGGACUCCAUCAAACGCACCUGGCAUUCCGUCGCUGACCGCUUGUUCAACAACAACUUCACAGCAGUCAACAUCAUGCCAGGAAGGGAAUAUAACUUUCGUGUGUAUGCCAAAAAUGACAUAGGCCUCUCAGAACCUUCCGAGUCCCUAACAUGGGGCGUUGUCAGGAAGAAAGAAAAGUUCAGCCUCAACUUAGCCCCAUCCAAACCUUGCAACUUUGACUCUGCUCCCAUUUUCAUGGUUCCCCUGAAAAUGCACACUAUCCCAGAGAAAUAUGAGUGCUACAUGAGCUGUGCUGUGAGAGGCUUCCCCACACCUCACAUCACCUGGUACCGCAACAAAGUCAGCAUUAACACUGACACCAACUACUACAUUACUAACACCUGUGGCGUCUGUUCCAUGCUCAUCUUGAGAGUCGGUGCCAAAGACAAUGGAGAAUACAGAGUAGUGGCAGAAAACUCUUUAGGCCGUGCUGAAUGCAGCACACAGCUGACAAUCUUAGAGUGAAAUAUCUAUGGCAUCUGGAAGACUCCUCUGACUCAUCUUCAAUUUAUAAAUGUAAACAUAAUGGAAAACCUCUG